CUUAUAUUGGAAAUGGCGAUUCAACUCACCUCUGUUUAAAUUUCUUCCUGUCAUUGAAGACUUGUUUACAUUCAAUAUUUCUUUAGAUUAUCCUUCUCUGCGCCUUAAUAUCUUUAACCUUUAUCCAAUUGGAGGUGCCUUUCUUUUCUUUUCCAUUUCAUUGGGUCAGAAGGAAGUGAUGAAGGAAGAUCCAGAAAACUAGAGAGAAAAAACAACAUCUGCAAUGUGUGGCAUGUGGAGAACAAGGAGCAGUGUGCUUAUCUUGCUGUUUGUUGCAUUAAUUUCACUCACUUGUGUCAUUCUAUUCUAUACAGCCAGCCCAAAUCAGCUGAUUAAAUGGCUUCCUGCGAAAAGCCUCUCUUUGGGAAAUUCAUGGGCCAGGGGUAUCAAACUGAUGAAAGAAUAUCCAGAGCUGGACUCAAUUUUGCAGAAGGCUGACAUGGGUAAUAAGACCGUGAUAAUAACCACAUUAAAUUAUGCAUGGGCAACACCAGAUUCCAUGAUAGAUCUUUUCUUGGAGAGCUUUCACACUGGGGAAGGAACUAGCAGGUUCUUGAAUAAUCUGGUUAUAGUUUCUUUGGAUCAGAAGGCUUAUAAUAGGUGCACAUCCAUCCAUUCUCACUGCUUCAUUCUCAAGACUAAGGGUAUUGACUUUUCCGGGGAGAAGCGUUUUAUGACUGAUGAUUACUUGAAGAUGAUGUGGAGAAGAAUUGAAUUCCUGAGAGCUGUGCUUGAAAUGGGAUAUAGCUUCAUUUUCACGGAUGCAGAUAUAAUGUGGUUCAGAAACCCAUUCGACCAUUUGGCAACAGAUGCAGAUUUUCAAAUAGCUUGUGACCGUUAUAAUGGCAACCCUACAGAUUUGAAUAACGCUGUAAAUGGAGGAUUCAACUAUGUAAAAUCCAAUGAUCGGACAAUACAAUUCUAUAGAUAUUGGUACUCCUCACACAAGUUAUAUCCAGGAAAGCACGACCAAGAUGUGCUAAAUUAUAUUAAGCAUAAUGAGGAGAUCAGGAAAAUGGGUUUGUCAAUGAGAUUCUUGGAUACAAGUUAUUUUGGUGGGUUUUGUGAACCACGCAAGGAUUUUACCAAGAUUUGCACCAUGCAUGCCAAUUGUUGUGUUGGAUUAAAAACCAAGCUUCAUGAUUUAAGGCUAAUGCUCACAGAUUGGAAAAAUUUUCAGUCUCUAGCUAUUCAAGACAGGUUGUUGCAAGAACCAUUAUGGAGAACUCCAAUGCAAUGUAAGAUCUAAGUUGUAAUGCAAAGAGUGAAAUCACUUCCAUAAAGAUAGAAAUGAACAUUUU